AUGAAAUGUCUCACAGAUGAUCCCCUACCUAUACCACAUGAAUGGCACCAGCCAGGUGGUCUCCUCAUUGGUGAGAUUACGUCUCAGAUCAUUUACUUUUUUCAUGAGGUUUUGUUCAAGGAACAUCCUACUCAGAACCUCUUUGAUAUUCCAGAUGUCGUUACCAAGUUCUACCAGCAUAUUUUGGCCUUGGUGUUUGCCAUAAAUGACAUCAACAAGAAUCCCAAGAUGCUACCUAAUGUCACACUUGGUUUCCACAUCUCUGACAGUUUUUAUGAUGCAAAGAUGACCUACCGCACCACACUGGAUCUGAUCUUCAAGUCAGAUAGUUUUAAUCCCAACUACGAAUGUGGGGCACAAAAAAACCUCCUAGCAAUUAUUGGAGGACUUGGAUCUGACACUUCUUUUCAUAUGAGGUACAUCACAAGUCUCUACAAGAUCCCACAGCUUACAUAUGGCUCAUUUGCCAUAGAUGAGACCAAAAUAAUGGAAGUUCCUUCCUUUUACCACAUGGUCCCAAAUGAAAACCUUCAGUAUAUGGGAAUUAUAUGGUUACUUCAGCAUUUUAGGUGGACCUGGGUGGGGCUUGUUGUUGUGGAUGAUAACAGUGGAGAGCAAUUCCUAAAAAUACUGGAGCCAUUGUUUUCUAAACAUGGAAUCUGUUCAGCCUUCACCAAAAGAAUCCCACAAGAAGCUCGUAUGGAGGAGUUCAUAAAUCAAUUUUAUGAUGCAAGUCCAAUUGAUGUAUCUUUCCAAGAUCAUAAAGCUGGUACAAUUAUCAUGUAUGGAGAAUCUUUGACAAUUUUACGGCUGAGAACUUUUAUGCAUUCACAAGAUUCAGGAAAUACAGAAAACCCAUUAUUUGGAAAGGUGUGGAUUGUGACAACCCAAACAGAUUUUAUAUUAACCGGUUCUAUAAGAGGAUGGGAUUUUCAGAUGUUCCAGGGUGCCAUUUUAUUUGCUAUUCACACAAAAGAGGUUCCAGGUUUCAGGAAAUUUCUUCAGAAUAUAAAACCUUACAGGACUGAAAGAGAUGGUUUCCUCCAAAAUUUCUGGGAGCAAGCAUUUGAUUGUUUAUUUUCAGAUCCAGGUAUGCCUGUGAUGGACGAUGACACUUGUACUGGAGAGGAGAGGCCAGAAAGUCUCCCUGCAGGUCUUUUUGAAAUGCACAUGACUGGACACAGCUACAGUAUCUAUAAUGCUGUUUAUGCUUUGGCUUAUGCUUUGCAUGCCAUGGACUUUGCUAGAUCCAAACAUAAAUCAAAGGUAGUUGGUAGGAAUGUCAAACUUCAAUCUCUGCAGCCUUGGCAGCUCCACCACUUUCUUCAAGGCAUCUCAUUUAACAAUUCAGCUGGAGAAACCAUGUCCUUUAAUGAUCAAUGGGAAAUAAGUGGUGGAUUUGACAUCAUGAACUUCGUCACCUUUCCCAACAAUUCCUUUCAGAGGAUAAAAGUUGGAAGUGUUGUUCCUUUUGCUCCUGAAGGGAAAGUAUUCACCAUUAGUGAGGAUAGAAUUAUCUGGCACAGAUAUUUUAAUGAGGUGGUUCCUCUUUCUGUGUGUAAUGAAUAUUGCCACCCUGGUCAUCAUAAGAAAAGGAAGGAGGGUGAACAAUUUUGCUGCUAUGAUUGUGCUCCAUGUCCAGAGGGGAAGAUUUCAAACCAAACUGAUAUGGAAGACUGUUUCAAAUGCCCAGAAGAUCAAUAUCCAAGCAAGAAUAGAAAUCAAUGCAACCCCAAAGUUAUACACUUUCUGUCUUAUGAAGAACCUUUAGGGAAAGGCUUAGCUUCAGCUACGGCUUCUUUUUCUUUCAUAACAACCUUGGUGUUUGCUACCUUCAUUAAACAUAAAGAGACCCCCAUAGUCAAAGCCAACAACCGAGACCUCACCUACAUCCUCCUGGUCUCCCACCUGCUUUGCUUCCUGUCUACUUUUCUAUUCCUUGGCCAACCUGGGAAAGUGACCUGCCUUCUCCGACAACCAGCUUUCAGCAUCAUCUUCUCAGUGGCUGUUUCUUGUGUGUUGGCCAAAACCAUCAUUGUUUCUCUAGCAUUCAUGGCCACAAAACCCGGAUCUAGAAUGAAGAAAUGGGUGGGGAGUAAAGUGUCCUAUUCAAUUGCUGUUUCUGGUUCACUUCUUCAAAUGUGUUUUUGCACAGUGUGGCUCUCAGCCUUUCCCCCAUUCCCUGAAUUAGACAUCCAUUCAGUAAAUGAAGAAAUCAUUGUUCAGUGUAAUGAAGGGUCCGUCACCAUGUUCUAUUGUGUCCUGGGCUACAUGGGUCUCCUUGCCAUCAGCAGCUUCAUUGUGGCAUUCCUGGCCCGCAAGCUACCUGACAGUUUUAAUGAAGCAAAGUUCAUUACAUUCAGCAUGUUGGCAUUUUGCAGUGUUUGGUUGUCCUUUGUUCCAACUUACCUGAGCACCAGAGGAAAAGGCAUGGUGGCUGUGGAGAUCUUCUCCAUCUUGGCCUCCAGUGCUGUGCUACUGGGAUGCAUCUUUUUCCCUAAGUGCUACAUCAUUGUGCUGAGGCCUGAACUAAACAGCAGGGAGCAGAUAAUGAGGAGAAAGAAUUAA